UGGGCCAAUCUUCAAACAUAGAUUGUGGUAUCCAAAACACAAAAAGGGUCAACAAAAGGUGUCCGAAGAAAAAUUUACCAAGGAUCAAUCAGCCAUGGAGUCGCUCCAAUUCCUGGCCUUUGUUUCUCUGACUGUUCUUCUUCCCUUGCUUUCAUUUUUCUUCCUCACCAGAACAUCAAAACCCCAAAAACAAUCUCCACCUUCCCCCAGUACCAUUACUACCCAGCUCCCAAAAUCCUACCCUUUAAUCGGUUCUUUCUUUGCAGUGUACGCCAACCGGAAACGACGUAUGCAAUGGAUGACUGACGUUCUGAAAAGCUCACCCUCCGCCACCAUUGUUCUCCGCCGAUCCUUCGUCGGCGACGAGGUCAUCACGGCCAACCCUGCCGUCGUCCAGCAUAUCCUCAAGACCGAAUUUCAUAACUACGUCAAGGGAGGCAAUUCUCACCGUAACCUCAAAGACUUUCUCGGCUCCGGCAUCUUCAACGUGGACGGGGAGUCCUGGAAGUUUCAGAGACAAGUCUCCAGCCAUGAGUUCAACACCAAUUCUCUACGUAAGUUCGUCGAGACCGAAGUCGACACCGAACUCUCUGACCGCCUCAUCCCCAUCCUAUCCUCGGCUGCCGCCAAAACCGGAACUGUCCUAGACUUCCAGGAUAUUCUUCAGCGGUUCGCCUUCGACAAUAUAUGCAAAAUCGCUUUCGGGUUCGAUCCUGCCUACUUGUUGCCCUCUCUUCCAAAAGCCAAGUUCGCGGAAGCUUUUGAGGAAAGCGUCAAGAUCAGCACCGAGAGGUUCAUUUCGUUAAUCCCCCUCGUCUGGAAAAUCAAGAAGCUGUUAAAUAUUGGGUCCGAGAAACGUCUGAGAAUCGCAGUAUCAGAAGUUCGAGAAUUCGCCACAAAGAUUAUAAGAGAAAAGAAGCACGAGCUCGGCGAGAAGUCGCUCGACUCCGUCGACCUCUUGUCAAGAUUCUUGAGCUCCGGCCAUUCGGACGAGAACUUCGUGACGGACAUAGUGAUAAGCUUCAUACUUGCCGGGCGUGACACUACCUCGUCGGCUUUGACAUGGUAUUUCUGGCUACUUUCCAAGAACCCACGUGUUGAGGCUGAGGUUCUGAAGGAAAUCAGAGAAAAAUCCGAAUCUCCUAUUUAUGAUGAAGUCAAAGACAUGGUGUACACCCACGCUUCUUUGUGCGAAAGCAUGCGGCUAUACCCGCCCGUCUCUGUAGACCAGAAGGAGGCCGCCAUCGACGACAUAUUGCCGGACGGGACGGUGGUGAAGAAGGGAAUGAGAGUGACGUACCAUCAAUACGCCAUGGGAAGGAUGGAGACGCUGUGGGGUUCGGACUGGGCAGAGUUUAAGCCGGAGCGAUGGCUGGAGAAGAGCGAGGAGGAGGAGAAGCAUUGGAGGUUCGUAGGGAGGGACGCAUACACAUACACAGUGUUCCAUGCGGGACCGAGGAUUUGUUUGGGGAAGGAGAUGGCAUUCCUGCAGAUGAAGAGGUUGGUUGCGGGGAUUCUAAGGAGGUUCAAGGUGGUGCCGGUAAUGGAAGAAGGAUUUGAGCCGGAGUUUGUACCGUACUUGACUUCCAAAAUGAAAGGUGGGCUUCCGGUGAAGAUUGUUGAGAGGGAAGAUGCGAAAGAGUGACAUGCAUGCAUCCAAACAUGCCUUAAUAAUCUAUGUAGUAUGUACUACUAAUAUUUUAGUGUGUUUUUUUAAUGUCCCUAUGUUUAGUUCUUAUUAUAUUAAUUUUUUUGAUUUAAUUAGAUAAUCUUUCCAUUUGAAUCAUUCGAAUGUAUUAUGAUUAAUUUAAAAACCUAGACAUUAUCAAAAAAUGGGACGAGGU